GAGGUUGGGUUUCGGGGAGGCCUGUGUGCUACCUAGGCCUCAGCCGGGCCCGGGAUGGAGAGUCCAGGCGCUAGGCCGCCGCUGGCCGCCGGGAGCGUGGACGAUCGUGGGAGGGAUGAGGCCCCGUGGGGCUCGUGCGAGGUCCGCGGUCGCGCGCGAGGGACUCCGGCCUGUUCGGUGCGUCCUGCUUUCGCUUCGGUCGGUAAGCCGCGCAUCCCCUCGGGGCGCGCGCUGAACUUGGUGCCCGCGGUGGCCUCACAUCCGAGGGCCGCGCUCUCCGCUGCGGAGUCGGAGCGCGCCUUCAGACUGCCGGUGCCGGUGAGGCCGGCAGCCUGGGCUGUCAGCGCUGCGCAGAACCAGCCGUCUGAGGCCCGCGGGCCCGGCAGGUAGGUGGAGGUGGCUGCGCGCAGUCCUCCCUGAGGGUCCCGGCUCCUCCGAGACGCUGCGCCUUUGGCCGGGGGGCGGUUCAGUCUUGAGAGUUGGACAGGCUUUUGGGUUAUGCCCUUUUGGGGUCUGCCUUUAUACACCUAGAUCAGUGGGCUGGUUCUGUGGGGCUUGGCACACACUUCGCGGAAGUCUUCGUGAAGGCUAGGCUCCAUAGCGUCAGAGAUGUUGAGGGGACAGCUCCUGAGUGGGGUCCUCAGGGCUGGGGAACUCCUGGCUGCCUGUGUAGAGAGCCCCGUCCUUCCUAACUGUCACCGGUCCUGGCUCCUACCUUUAUUUCGCUGUUAGUGGCAUGUUACAUCUGCUCUAUCGGUAAGAGAUACAUAUGGAUCAGUUGUCUGAAGUGGGCUAUGAUAAGCAACAGGUGCUCUAAAAUGUUAUCGUCCUGCUGUGAGUAAGGGGGACAGCGACUUUUGAGUGGGCACACUUUCCAUUGUCUCCCAGUGCCCCUUAUGGUGCCAUGUAAAGGGUGACAAUGAGGAAAUGGGUGGCUGCGUGUCCUCCAUAGAAUCUGCCUUCCUGUUUGCCCCAGGUACAGUCUGUUAAUAACAACUCUUAUCUCAGGGGAUGGUAAUUUUGAGCAAUUAUUUGUUCUAGAUCAUUAGAAGCAUGAGUCUCACAGCAGUCACUAAUACCUUUAUUCCUGAGGAACAGAGAGGUCAGGUAACUUACGACAAAUCACAGAGCAGUAAAUUACGCAGCAGUGGCACUGUAACUCCAGAGUUUCUUUUUCUCUUCUUUUUUGCCUUGCUAGGGGUGAACAUGGCCUUAUGCCUGUCAGACAGGUGAUCAGCCUGUGUACUAUUUCCCCAGCUCCAAUUUCACAUUAAGAAAAAAGCUUUAUUAUUUAAUAUUACAAUUUCAUCAUUUCCUCCCUCUAAAUUCCUUUGUACCCACUUGGCUCUCUUUCAAAUUUGUGGCCUCUAUUUCUUUGAUUAGUGUUACAUGUGUAUGUUACAUGUAUGUAUGUUCCUUAAAUACAUAAAUACAACCUGCUCAGUCUGUAUAAUGUUAUUUGUAUAUACAACUAGGCUGAUACCAGUUGGUGUGUUCAUUACAUUCUUUUUAUUACUCUUGAAGCAGGAUCUUAUGUAACUCAGGGUGGGCUCAAACAUAGCUGAGAAUGACCUUGAACUUCUGAUCUUUUUAACUUCUGCUCUUUAUGUUCUGGGAUUGUAGGCAUGUCUCAUAGUUCCUGGCAAGUUCAUAUUGUUUUUGUUGUUUUAUUUUUGAGGUAGGAUAUUACUGUGUAACAUUGGCUGGCCUGAAACUUGAUUUGUAGAUCAGGCUGGCCUCCAACUCAAAGAUCUGCCUACUUCUGCCUUCCAAGUGCUGGGAUUAAAGGUGUUUACCACCAUGCCUCAUAAUAUAAAUAUGUCUAAAAAAAGAAUGAAGUGCCUGUGAUGGUAUGUAUCUUUAACUGUAGCAUUCUGACAGGCAGGCAAAUACCUGAAUUCAAGGCCGGCCUGAUUUACAUAGUGUGUUCUAGGCCAGAGGGUGCUACAUGGUAAGACUCUAUCUCAAAAAAAUGAUAAUUUUUAUUAGCAUAUGUUAACUACAUAAUACUGGAUUCAUUAUGUCAUUUUCAUACAUGUUAUAUAUAAUGUAAUUUUGUUCAGGUUCAUUCCCCCUUGUUGCCCUCUCUUGCCUACCUCCCAUGUGUGCCAUUCUCUUUUUAUUAAAGAUUCUUGUUUGUUAAACUUACAUUUGAAAAACUUACUUUAACUGGGUAAUGGUGGCACAGCCCUUUAAUCCCAGCAUUCGGGAAGCACAGGCAGGCAAAUCUCUGUGAGUUUGAAGUCAUCCUGGUCUACAGAACUGGUUCCAGGACAGCCAUGGCUACACAAAGAAACUCCAUCUCAAAAAACAAGAAAACUUAUUUUUAUUUAAUGCAUGUGUAUGUGUGUGUACUGUGGUAUACAUGUUGAAGUCAGUGGACAGUUUGUGAGUUCCUGACUUCUACCCUGUGGAUGCCGGGGAGCCACCUCAAGCCACGAGGCUUGGCAGAAAGUGCCUUUACUCAGUGAGCUAUGUAUCUUGCCCAUGAACAUCCAUCCUUUUUGUGAGGGGGUGAUUUAUUGUUUUUUGAGUGCUGGGAUUAAAGGCAUAUGCCUCUAAGUAUUGCUAAAUUCACGUUCUUAAACAGAACUCUACUGACUUUCAGUACGUGUGUGUGUGUGUGUGUGUUUGUUUUGGAGGGAGGGUAUUUUUGAGACAGGCUCUCUCAACAAAGCCAUGACUGUCCUGACCUCACUGUGUAGACCAGGCUGGUUUGAACUCACAGGGCUCUGCCUGCCUCUGCCUCCCCAAUGCUAAAAUCAAAGGCUUGUGCCACCAUGACCAGCUUGGAUUCUUUCUUAGGGCCUCACUGUGUAUGGUAGACUGGCCACAAACUUGCCAUUCUUCUGCCUUAGCCUCCCUGUUGCAGAUCUUGUAGGCUGUGCCACCAUGCUUGGCUCCCUGUUUUCUUAAUAUUUAAGAACUGCCAUUGGGGAGGCUGGAGAGAUGGCUUGGCAGCUAAGAGCACUGUCUGCUCUUCCAGAGGUCUUUUUGUUGUUGUUGUUGUUUGUUUUUUAAGGCUGGUAUUUCUUUUUUAAAGAUUUAUUUAUUUACUUACCUAUUUAUACAGUAUUCUGUCUGCAUGUGAGGCAGCAGGCCAGAAGAGGGCACCAGACCUUGUUAUAGAUGGUUGUGAGCCACCAUGUGUUUGCUGGGAAUUGAACUCAGGACCUUUGGAAGAGCAGCCAGUGUUCUUAACUGCUGAGUUUUCUCUCCAACCCCCUCUGGGUCUUGAGUUCAAUUCCCAGAAACCAUAUGGUAGCUUACAACCAUCUAUACUGGGAUCUGAUGCCCUCUUCUGGCAUCAGAUGCAGAUAGAGUACUCAUCUAUAUUAAAUACAUAAAUAAAUCUUUAAAAGAAAGGAAGAGCUUUUGCUAGGUGUCCUAAAUAGAGUGACAUUGUCUUUAAACCCUGUGUGGCAAUCCCUGACACACCGCCGUGAUGCCCAGGGAAGACAGGGCAACCUGGGAGUCCAACUACUUCCUUAAGUUCAUCCAACUUUUGGAUGAUUACCCAAAAUGCUUCAUUGUGGGAGCAGACAAUGUGGGCUCCAAGCAGAUGCAGCAGAUCUGCAUGUCCCUCCGCAGGAAGGCCGUGGUGCUGAUGGGCAAGAACACCCUGAUGCACAAGGCCAUCAGGGGCCACCUGGAGAACAGCCCAGCUCUGGAGAAACUGCUGCCUCAUAUCCAGGGGAAUGUGGGCUUUGUGUUCACCAAAGAGGACCUCACUGAGAUUAGGGACAUGCUCCUGGCUAGAAAGGUGCCAGCUGCUGCUCCUAGAGCUGGUGCCAUCGCCCUGUGUGAGGUCACUGUACCAGCUCAGAACACUGGUCUGGGACCUGAGCAGACCUCAUUCUUCCAGGCUUUGGGCAUCACCACUAAAAUCUACAGAGGCACCACUGAAAUUCUGAGCAGUGUGCAGCUGAUCAAAACUGUUGACAAAGUGGGAGCCAGUGAGGCUAUGCUGCUGAACAUGCUAAAUGUUUCCCCCUUCUCCUUCGGCCUGAUCAUCCAGCAGGUGUUUCACAAUGGCAGCAUCUAUAACCCGGAAGUGCUUGAUGUCACAGAGCAGACUCUGCACACUCCCUUCCUAGAGGGUGUCCGGAAUGUUGCCAGUGUUUGUCUGCAAAUUGGUUACCUAACUGUUGCCUUAGUGCCAUACUCUAUCAUCAGUGGAUAUAAGUGUGUCUUCCUGCCUUUGUCUGUGGAGACUGACUAUACCUUCCUACUUGCUGAGAAUAUCAAGGCCUUCUUGCCUCAUUCACCUGCAUUUGUGGCUGUUGCCUCUGCUGCUGCUACUGUGUCCCCAGCCAAGAGUCGGAGGAAUCAGGCGAGGAUACCAGGUUUGGUCUCUUUGACUGAUAACCCCCAAAGCAACCAGUUCAGCUAGCUUAUUUUGAAAAACAUGGAAAUAAAGGCUUACUUAUCUGGAAAAGAAAAAAGAAGAAGAAGAAGAAGAAGAAGAAGAAGAAGAAGAAGAAGAAGAAGAAGAAGAAGAAGAAGAAGAAGAAGAAAAAAAAGAAGUUGUUCCAUUGGAAGCCAAGUGGUGGUGGCACAUUCCUUUAAUCCCAGCACUUGGGAGGCAGAUGCAAGUAGAUAUUUGUGAGUUCAAGGCCAGCCUGGUCUAUAUAGUGAGUUCCAGAACAGUCAGGGCUACUCAGAGAAGCCCUGUCUCAAACAACAACAACAAAAAGAAGUGCCAUUAAUCUUUGAUCCUCCUGCCCCAUACCUCUAUUGAUGCUUUGAGUCCUUGUUCACAAAGGUAACUGAAAAUAUAACUUUUUUUUUUUAAGAUUUAAUAUGUAUGUGCGUUUGUAUGUCUGUCUUGUGCAUUUUGGUACCAGUGAAGGACAGAAGAGGUAUUAAAUUCCCUGGAGCUGCCAGUGGUUGCUAGAAAUAGAACUCUGGUCCUUUGUGGGAGCAGCAAGAACCCUUAACCACAAUCUCUACAGGCUCUGUCAUUUCUUUUUUUGAUUAAAACAUUUUUGGUGUAUUUUAUUCUCCUAUGGUGACUAAAAUGGAGUUUACUGCAUCUUGGAAAUUAUUUCUCUGAUGUCUCUCUGGCCAGCCUUGUCUUUAUCUUUAUAUUUAUUAUGUUGUAGCAGAGUACAAGGUGUGCCUUUGGGUAGAAUUUGUGUGACAGCUCUCUCGGCGGUUGACAUGAUGUGGUGUGGGGCAUAGUGGGGAGGCUUGAGGUGGGUUCCUGGGUCCUGGCUCCCUGGGCCCUUUGACAGGAGCAGUCACUGUUUCCUUCUGUUCCUUUGCCUGAAAAAUGUGUUACUGAGAGGCAUGUAGGUAAAUAUAUGUAUGUAGAGUACUGUAGGCCACUCUUGGCUCCUCCAAUUGCAGAGCGAGACAGACACCUAGAAAUGACACCACACAUGACACACCACAGUUUGGAGAGGCCAGAAAACCUUUGCUGGGCAGGUCUGUGCUCUGUUUGGAAUACAUUGCUGUGGAAUGAAGAUUAUCAAGUGGGUGUCCUAUACUUAUGAAAAACGUCCUGGGCGUCUGAGGGAAUGGUCAUUGUGAUUUUUUUGUGGGCUUCUGUGGUGGCAUGCGGGUGUAAGUCAGUGUCUCCUGGGCCUUCCAUUUGGUUGUGGACAUCUGAUGUACUGUUUAACACUAACUGCCCAGUGCAGGGUUUAGUACCAGACUUAGUAUAACAUUCAGGUUGGUUGAAAUGGGUCAGUAUUUGAACAUAACUGUUAAGUACUUCAGUCAUGGGACCAGUGAGAUGAUGCAGAGGGUAAAAGCACUGCUGGGGAGCCUGAGGACCUGAGUUCAAUCCCCAGAACCCAUGCAAAGCUGGGCGAUAGAGCUGGCUUCACAGAGUUGUCUUUGGGCCUUCACAUAUACUGUUGCAUGUUUGCUCCCCCAUAAUAAUGAAUUAUCAAAUUAAAAAAUACUUCAGGGAUAGAGAGGUGGCUCGGUGGUUAAGAGCACUGAUUGCUCUUCAGAGGACCCAGGUUCAACUCCUAGCCCCCAUGUGAAUGCUCAUAAAUGCCUAUCACUUACACAUGGUGUACAGACAAAAUACCAAUACACAUAAAUAAAUUAAAAAAUUAAAUAUAUCGGUCAUAAAAGUUAAUAGUUUGGGAGUGAGUUUGAUAAUGGUUUUGCUUUCCAGGUUCAAUCCUGAAUUUGUAUCUGACAGUCAGAUUUUGCCUUUUCAAAAUGUUUUGUUAACUCAAUUCCACUGUUGGUGUUAUAGCCUCAUAAGAACCUGCAGCCCUUGUUUAUAAACGUGAUCAUGUGGGCUCACUGUGAUGUGUCCAUUAACUUUGCUGACACUUCCCAUUCUUUCUACAUUUAGAAAAGAAAGUAGGGGCCACUUGGUAGAACCUCCAAACAAAAUACCUUUCACUUGGUGCUUUUGGUCCUUAAAAUUCCAGUCUCAGUUUUUGCCCUGUGGUAGGGAAUUUGCAGGUACAAGCUCCCAAGACUGUGUGGACUGUGUGGCUGCAUGGAAUGUUGCUGGCUGCUUGUGUGGGUCUCUUUCUUUGCUUCUGUUCUCUUGUCUGUUUUUUCUCCCCUUUAGAAUACCUGAUUAAUUUUGAGAAACAGACUCUGAACUCAUUGUUGGGUGUGCGUGAGAUGUUUACCUGUUGGGUCUGACAUUGCCUGACUCUGGCCUGAGUACUGAAGCAUUGUGGACCUAGCUAUGCUAAGGCAUAUCAGGUAGGUAGGGUCCCAAGGGCUCUUGGCUGGUGUCCAUGUGGAGGAGUUUUCCGGAAGGGCUGAAAUGCUGGUUUGGAAAAAUACCUGGUAAGAGCCUGCACUGGUGAGUGCUGGAGUUCUUGGGAUGGGGCAGUUGUACAUGGAGAACAGGAGGUCUGUGGGGAGGAUGUGCCAAGUCUGCUCUGUAACAUAUUGAGGCAGCUGUAUGGAGGGUCACAGUGGAACACCUGGCAGAUGAAUACAGUCCGGUUAAAGGCAAGCUGUAGAAAGGGCCAGCUGCAACCUGGUGCCUCGUGCUACUUGCUCUUGACAGGAGGUGACAGUACUUUAAAAUUAGGGUAUUAGAAGUGAGGCCACCUCAAACUGUCAAAGGACUUGGGCCAGAUCUCACUUCCAUGAAUGUUCAAUUCCAGUUUUGGUCUCUCCCAGUCAUGUGUAGCAAAGACAGUACUCUAGAUUUAAUAGUUAUAUGCAGCUGGAGGUGUUAGAUAGGGGGGACUGGAAGGGCAGAGGGAAGUGGUCUUGGCUCAUCACCAGCAAACCUGCAACACUUGUGAGAGCAUAGCUUCUGGUCCAGUCCCAGACUUAUGAGCUCUGGGACCUUCUGUUAGUCAGAACCCCUUUUGGAUCAAGAUCUUUGAUCACUUAAUCAAUAGCUGAGUCACCUUUCUUCAGAGAAAAUAAACACUGAUUGAAUUUAGCAGCUUUUCUCUUUUCAUUCCUCUUUUGUCUUUAGACAGGAGGGAUCAUGGUUUAUGGAUUCUCUGACCUACGUCUUAACAGCUGUUCACCCUUACCCCAUUUCUUAUUCUUGGAAAGGAGCUUGGGAGUGACCUGGGUAGGUUUGGUUUUAUCAUGACAAGUUUCUCCAUACAGUAAAACCAGUUCAGUUAGGGGGCUGCAGAGUGACGCUGAACAAAUUGAUGAGGCAGGGCCUGGAGUGGGAGAGGAAGCUGGCCAAAUAAAAUGUCAGAAUCAUCCGGGAGCAGGCUGAGUGUCCUGAGGGCACCUCACUCAUCAAGGGUCAUCCAUCUGGUUCUGCAGCAGCUCCCUUUUUCUUGGCUCUCAUCAAAGCUGUGAUUUUGAUCAGCAAAUGAUCAACAAAUUGGUGGUGGUGGUGGGUGUUGAGAAGGAGCAGCAGCUAUGUGUAGCAGAGGAUUGACCACUUGUCUGAAUCUGCUGUUGUCUCAGUGGCAGAAACAAGCUGUGGGGACACCUAUCCACAACUUUUCCACCCACUCCUUUGAGCAGCUUUUGAACAGUUCUUUUCUGUUGCAGCAUAAUGAUGACUAAAACAAACAUUUUUGUACAAAAGCAUUGGGCUCAUCCUGUGUGUACUUGAAAUACAUUGUGCUGGAUUAUGAGAUAAUGUUCCUGAAGUGUUUGGUGUGUUUUUGGUGCUUGCUUUGAUACUAAAUGUGAUCUAGUGAAGGAAGAAAUCUGUCAUGAAUAAUGGGCUCCAAGCUUCCCUUAGAGGUGACACAGCACUCCCCCUCAAGUGGCUGUUGUUAAGGGACCCUGCUAAGCACCUUCUUGGCCUGCAGUUGAGGGCUACCCUGCUGGUGUGGAGAAUGGAAACAGCAGGCGAUUAAUGCUGUUGCUUUCCUUGCCUUUCUCUUGGCCUAGACACUUCCCAUUUCCGGCAUGAAUUCCUAAUAAACUUAGAAUCCUCUGUGCACAAAACUUGCUCAGCAGGUGUACACUAACAAGAGUUGCUCUUGCUGCUUGUUGAACGAGGGAGACUGGAGGCUGAAGUCGCUCUUCCCUUACACAGCUCAAGCAUGGUUAGGUUUUGCUUUGGGAUAGAUUGCGUAGCUCCAGGCAGAAGCUGCAAGUCUUGGGAACCUAAAGAAAGCCGAGGCUCUGUGACAUCUAAGAAAGGUAAAGCCCAUUUACUUGCCUGCAGUGACACCUCAUGUACAGCUGGAGUUAACUGUUUUUGGAGAAAAGAUUGGGAGCCAUUGUUAAGUAAAGGUCACUUCUGGGUCCUUCCCCAAGACUUCCUGUGCUUAAAGCAAACAUUGCGUGACCCAUGCACGCUCACCAUGAUGACCGUAGGCAAGGCCAAAGCCGGUCAGCCACUCUCACUUCUUUUCUUAAAAAAGCUUUUGUUGUGAAAGAGUAGGGAUUGUUUUUGUGAUUCCAAAUUUAUACAAAAUUUGUGGAAAUAGCCAAUGCACUUCUACCAUGACAGGGCUCUUCAGACAUGAUCUUUCAUCAGUGUUAGCAAAGAGCAUUGUCCAGUGAUUGUGUGAACUGAGAACUUGAGUGAAGAGACAGACAUGGUCAGUCUCUUGUUCUCUGUCUCAUCCUGCUGGGUGGCUUGAUCUUUGGGAACUGGCUGUGCUGUUUGAGCUGAGCUAGGCUAUGCUCCUUCUGCCCCAGCACAGGCCUGGAUUUACGCGGCUGGAAAGUCUCCUGCUUCAUUUCCUCCUACCCUUUGGGAGCUGUUAAGCAUUAUAGGACCAAUGAAUGGGUGAUGGUUUAGCCUGUGAGUCCCUUGGGCCAUGCUGCCUCACCAGGCUUUUUACAGUACUUCGUGCAUGGAAUCAUGUUGAGCACUCCUUCCUCCCUCACACCUCUGCAUUUCUUGUGGCAUGAUAGCUUGCUGGGUGUUGCAAGAUGACACCCAAGUGACUGAUGAAGACCGAUACUGAAGAGAAGGUGACCAAGAAGGCAACAGAACUAAGAAGCAUUGUCUACUGAAAAUAGCCUUGUUGCAGGGGAGAGGAAUGAGGCCCCUCACUAGGCCUGACCAUUCUGACCCAAGGUCUGGAGGUUCCAAGGAGAUGUUGGGGAAAGGGCAGGGAAUGGGAGCCUGGGCUCCAACUGCCUCUAGUCUGUUCAGAGGGUGUAGCCAUGUAUUCAGGUGUUGAUGUAGUCAUGUGUUCAGAUUGUGGAGCCAACUCUAUGACUUAGCUUCCUCAUCCUCCACCUCAGCUUAGGAGAGUUGUCUUUAAUUCCUGCAGUGCCAUUUUGACCAUUGUAGACUAUGUUCUCUUCCCAACAUUUCUGAGUACUCUUCUUUCAUGUCAUGCUCUGGCAUGUGUCUGGGGUUUAACAGGCCCACCUGGAUACACAGCCAGAUAGUUCCUGCUAGGUCAGGCCAAGAAGGUGCUAGGCAUGUUGAGGAAGGGUAGGCUCUCUGAGGAUAUGGUGGUGCCCUUGGCUGGGCCCAGUCAGUUCUGUUAUGCCCUACCCUUUGCAUGAGUUUAUCUGUUCGCUUUGACAGUAAAUGCUGUGUCUUUGGUGGCCUUAUGAUGAAAGGGGCUAUCAUGAUGCCCAUGGCUGCUGUCUCUCUAGACUUCAUUGUCCCUAUCUACAUCUGAGUGAGAGUGGAAUUGUACAUUUGGCAUUAGCUUAGGCACUGGAGAGACUUCACUGAGGACUCCUCUGUGAUGCUGCUCUGUGAUCUCUUGGGAGAGCAAGUCUUAAAGUAACAACUAUGAGCUUCCUGUCUGGUCAAGCAAGAGUUUGGGGGAUUGGAGACUAAUGUUUUCCUGCAGAAACUAACUGGAGGGUUUCUCUGUUUAGCUCUGGCUAACCUGGAACUCACUCUGUAGACCAGGCUGGCCUCAAACUCACAGAGCUCCACCUGCCUCUGCCUCUGAAUUUCUAGGAUUAAAGGUGUGUGCCACUAUUGCCUAGCUACAAAUGUUUCUUUGGGAGGGGGGCUGUUUUUUGAGACAGUGUUUCUUUGUGUAGCCCUUGCUAUCGUGGACUCACUCUUUAGACCAAGCUGGCCUCAAACUCUCAGAGAUGGCUUGCCUCUGCCUCCCUGAGUGCUAGGAUUACAGGUGUGCGCCACAGCACUUAGCUACACUUUUUUUUUUUUUUAAAGGUAGGGUCUCCAGUGCCCAGGCUAGCCUUGAACUCCCGAUCCUCCCAUCUCCACCUCCCAUAUGCUAGGAUUACAGGUAUGUGAGGAAAAAGUGCCUUUAAAAUGUUGGUAUUACUCAUGCAGGCUGUGCUUUGUAGAGAUCCUACUAGCUUGCCCCACCUGUUUUAACAGCAACAGUUUCCCAUGAUCAGGUUUUUCAGGAAGCUGAUAAUGGUGUUCCCUUGGUUGUUCCAAUGACUCAUUGUUCAAACUUGUAGAUAUCUUCCCUCCCUCCUUUCUCCCUCUCUUUUCUCCUUCCCUUCUUCUCCUUCUUUCCUGUUUGUUUGAGACAGGUCUCAUUAUGUAGGCCAGGCUGUCCUGGAACUCCAGAUCCACUUGCCUCAGGGUCCUAUGUUCUGAGAUAUGUACCAUCGUGAUCCAUAAAUAACCUAAAGAUACUUGAAAGUUAUGGGACAUUCUGGGCCUGGAUCAGGUCCGCAUACCUUCAAAAGAGCCUGAUAAGGGGUCUUUUUAAAGAUACUAUGUAUUUAUUGGGUAGCAGAACAAUUGUUGAGUGUCCUAGGUUGGGGAGGAUGAUGGCAUGCUUAGGGGCCAGAUGCAAAGAGAGCCCUGCCUCAAGUCUGGAGUUAUUUGUGGAGAAGGUGGAAAGCCAAAAUGAAGCACAGCUAGAACUAAUUUCCUGGGUUUUCUCUAGACUUCAGAAAGGGAGAUAUCUGACCAUACAGCAGAGUCUUCCUGAAGCAGUCUUCACGGGCAGAUUCUGAGAGCAGGAAAACCUGUAGUUUCAUUGCCCAGGAGUAAAGUCUGUCUUUCCAUCUGCUUUGUGUGUAGUCUCAGCUUGGGCAGAGAGCUGCGUCAACACAAAACCCAGGUCUUAUGCCAGUGAUUCUCCAUGGUAAGAUCACUUGUUGCCAAGCCUGUUGACUGAGUCCCAACCCAGGUGCUGGAAGCAAGAAGCAGUGCCACAGUUGUCCUCUGACCUCUACAUGUACCUGUGUACACAUGCCCCCCUCCCCCGCUCCUACAUACACACAGGAUCAAAAAGUAAAGUGCAGCCUCACCUCAGAGGGAAGAAGAGAGUCUAAGCUGAAUGUGAGCCAGCUUGGCCUGAGAAUAAGGAUUCAGGUUGUCCCAAGUGAAAUGUCCCAGUAUGGAAGCAGUGCCAUGAACUUUGUAGUUGCAGAACAAAGGACAGACAGGUCCAGGCUUUUACUGAUGCACUGGGGGGACAUGAGGCAGGCGGCGCAGCAAAGCUUGGAAGGUUCUGCUGUAGGUUGUAGACAUGGGGUUGUCUGAUGACGCUCUUGGCUUUUGGUUGAUGGGAGCCAGCAUUCUGCUAAGAAUACAUUCCAGAGGUCUUACCUGAUAGUCAAAGGGAUGUUAGGUCAAGCAAUAAGGUGCGAAAGGAGAGGCUCUUGAAGGGGAAAAGCAGUGACCCAGGACAGUUUGGCUUUGGAUUUGCAACAUUCCAUCUCUCCAUAAUGGGAUGUUCUGUUAAUGUUUUCUGUACGUUACACAUUGACACUGAGCCUGUAUGUUACAUUGACACUGAGACCCAUGUUCUGGACCAGAGGUGGGACAGACUUACAGAAGGUCUGAAGACCAACCAAAUAGGUGCUGUUCCACCCCGUGGAGCAUCUGUGGAGUGCUGGGCACAUAGGUGCCUCAAUGGUAUGCAGCUCCGUUUUCCUGUAGAUCUCAUGUCAGUUGUAGAAGUGCAUCAGGAGAAUUCCUUGAGAACACUGUUGUGGUUGGCUUUGCCAGCAGGACUUGCCCCGUCUCUGUCUGAGGCCCGGCUUCUGGAGGCUUACAUCUGCUGAAAAACUAGUGAAAUGGUUUGGCUGACAGAGAACAGCAAUCUUUGCAGGCCCUUGAACACCUUCUGUCUCCUCCAGGGCAACCUUUAGCCAUUCUGGGAGUUGGACACUAAUGGUUUCACUUAUAGUUUUCAGACAUCCUGAGGAUGAGUGGGAAGAUUGGGCUCAUGACUUUAUGGGAAAGGCCACCCAAGAUGGUGUUUGUUUGUUUGUUUGUUUGUUUGUUUGAGACAGGGUUUCUCUGUGUAGCCUUGGCUGUCCUAGAUUUAUUUUACAUAUCAGGCUAGCCUCGAACUCACAGAGAUCUGCCAACCUCCGUCUCGAAGAGCGCUGGGAUUACAGCAGGCAAUACUGCACCCGGCCUAAGAUGGGUGGGUUCUUGAUCACAGUUGGACAUCAGGCUACAUAUGGCAGGGACAUAGUGUCCCACUAGCCAGCAAGUUUGUCUGGCUUCACAUUUUAUGCCCUCAUUGCAAUGACUUUCUGUAAUUUACUUUUAACAUUAGGAAUUUUGCUUUAGAUAAGAAAACAUGUAAAAAGAGCAGACUAGCUUUAGCAUGCUUUUCAUCAUGGAGAGAUUAUAAACACAGUAGGAAACUAGAACAAGGGUCUCCUGUUUACCUGUGUCCAGCCCCAACAUUCACCAUCCAGGCCUGUCAUAUGUGCCAUCAUUUCUGCCUGAUUCUUUUGAAGAGACACAUGGCAGACUGCUAUCUGAUCCACAUUCAUGUGGACUGUGAGACCUCUUGAAAACAUUGUCCAUCUUAUACAUGAGCUGAUCCUCACACUGCCAGAUGUCCAGUUAUCUCACCAGCAUCACUGAGGUACUGGUCUGUGUACAACCUUGUUUGAAUUUGGCUUCAGGCAUGGCAUUACUGUCUUUUUAUUUUAAAAAGUUAUUUUAUGUGUAUGUGCCUGAAUAUACGUACAUGUACCACAUGCAUGCAGAAGCCUGCAGGGGUCAGAAGAGGUGUGGUGUACCUUGGAAUUGGAGUUAUAGACAGUUAUGAACCACCAUGCCAGUGCCAAGAACAGAACCCUGAUUCUCUGCAAGAGCAGUAAGUGCUAUUAACUGCUGAGCCAUCUCUCUAGUCCCCCAUUGCUAUUAUUUUGUUUUGUUUUGUUUUUUUGAGACAGGGUCCCUCUGUAGUCUGGCUGUCCUGGAACUCAUUAUGUAGACUAGGCUGCCCUUCAACUCAUAGAGGUCUCUUCCUGCCUCUGCCUUCCAAGUGCUGGAAUUAAAGGCAUGCCAUUUGUGUCUUUUUGGUUUUUUCAAGACAGGUUUCUGGACUGGCUUUGUAGACCAGGCUAGCCUCAAACUCAAGAGAUCUGCCUGCCCUUGCCUUCUGAGUGAGAUAAUAGGAAUGUACAACUACCUCUUGGUAGCUGUUUGUGUCUCUUAAAAAAAAAAACAAAAAAACCCACACAUUUAUUUAUUUAAUUUUAUGUAUGUAUGUGAAUGCUCUACCUGCAUGUACACCUCCAUGCCAGAAAGGGGCAUCAGAUCCCAGUAUAGAUUCUUGUAAGCCACCAUGUGGUUGCUGGGAAUUGAACUCAGGACCUCUGGAAAAGCAGACAGUGACCAGUGAGCCAUCUCUCCAGCGCCCUUCCCCAAACCCCCUCCCCAUUUGUCUCUUUUUUUUCCCAAAGAUUUAUUUAUUCAUUUAUUUAGUGUGUGAGUACACUAUCUGCAUGUGUACCUGCAUGUAUGCCAGGAGAGGGCAUCAGAGUGCAUUAUGGAUGGUUGAGCCACCAUGUGGUUGCUGGGAAUUGAACUCGACCUCUGGAAGAACUGACAGUGCUUUUAACCAUUGAGCCACCUCUCCAGCCCCCCAGUUGUGUCUUUUUAAAGAUAGCUUUUUCCAAAAGUACGAGGGAUUGAGCUCAGGUUUUAUAAAUGCUAGGCAAUUAAUUGUUCUACCAACCAAACCAUUCCCCUUAGCCCCUCAAGAUAGCUUUUUUACUUAUUUGUUUGUUUGUGGUUUUAUUUUGAGAAAAGUCUCAUGUAGUUCAGGGUGUUCUCCAACUUGCUUUACAGUCAGGAUAAUCUUGAUUUCCUAAUCCUCCUGCUUGCAUCUCCUGAGUUCUAGGAUUAUAGGUAUAGGCCACCACAACAGGCUUCAAGGUGCCUUUGAAGGGGUGAUUUAUAGGUAAUAAAAUGCACACAUUUUAAGUACAAGGUUAAGAUGAGGCUUACACAGCUCAUCAUGUACCUUCCUGUGUGUAUGUCACAUACCACCACAGAACCACUGCCUGGCUGGGAUAAUGCCUGGUCUCUUCUACCCUUCAUUUUCUUUUUCUUGUGACUUGUUUACUGGAGAAGCUGUCUCUGGCCUGGAAGGUGCCAGAGUCUGUGUGUUGCUGUUUCGGCUCCCACAGUGUCUAGCACAGUCCUUUUGAGUAUUUAAGUUGGUAGAUUAAGCCAGAUUCUGAGCUGCAUUUUGGCAUGAUUUUCUCAGCAGGAUGGCAUUAGUUGGCCAUGUGGUUUUUCCCCAGAAUGCACAGGCACUGCGAUACUGCUUUGAUAGUCACAUUUGAUCUUAGCUGAGGGCUAAGAAGCAGUUUUGCGCUUUUGUUGUUUGUUUUGAGACAGGGUCUCGUCCAUCCUGGCCUUACCAUGUAAAUGAGGAUGACCUUGAACUCUUGAUACUCCAUCUUUAGAGUGCUGAGAUUAUAGGGUUUAUGUGAUACUGUGCAUCAAGCCCAGGGUUUCUCUGCAUGCAAGAUAAAUACUUUAUCAGCUGAGCCACAUCCUCAGCCCUUCUUUCUUUGUUUCCAAGAUAAGUCAUUUGCUACUGGUAACCAGUCAACUCAUUGUUAGUUAGGAAACUUGGGCCAUCAGUGUGUUUGGUAGCUCUGUUCUUUGCAGUUCAUCAAUAUCCAGGUUGUCUUAUCUUUGUGGGAGUUUUUGAUUUGGCCUCUUGGCUUUGUCCAUUCUGUGCUAUUAUAACGAUGCUUCAGAAUAGGGAGUUUAUGGUGAACAGAAACACAUUGGCUCUCAAUUUUGGAUGCCGGAAAAUGCAAUAAAUGUACCAGUGUCUGGUGAGGUUUUUCCUGUUUCAUCACUGUUGAAGAUAGACUGUAUAAGGGGGCAGAAAAAAAUAAAAGAGAGACAGUGCACUCAAGAACAAGUGUAUCUGUGUAGGUGGGAGCUGACCCAGCUGUCACUGGGAACCCAUGCCUUCCAGGAUGGCAUUGAUUACUUAUUUGUCCAACAGGGUAGGCCUUUGGUCCAGUCACCUUGUGGAGGGACAGACAUAGCACAUUGGUGUCCAUUUGGCUACCUUACUACCUGUAGAGCAGAAUGGUGCCUAAUCCAGCUUCAGCGAUUUAUCUUCUUGCAGCUGCAGAUGGUCGAGGGCCAGCUCAGCACUGUUAAGCUUAAGCAGGCAGCAACACAUCCCCUGUGUUGCAAGGGACCGCAGCCCAUGCAGUGAACUGUGGCUGCUCCUGGGGUUGCUUCAUAGGUGUCUGCUUCCUAAGUUACAAAGCUCAUUGGAAAGGGAAGAAAAGAAAACGGAAGUACUCGAAGCUUGGGAAGGGGGUUGGUGUCUGUUGGUUGAUAAUUAGAACCUUAUAAGUAUGCAAAGCUUCAGAGAUUGGCAAGUGUUGUCUCUAGUACUGGUUGCCACUCCAAGGGCAGGGGGCAUAUUUCCCACCUGGGACUUUCCGUGGCCCUCAGGCCUCAGAAGCAACUGCUUAGAGACUUUGUGACACUGUUUAUUUUCAGAAAAAAAUCAAACCUUUUGAAACAGUUUGAAGGUUUUUGUUGUUGUUUUUCUUUUAGACAAGAUUUUACCAUGUAUCUCUGGCUGGCCUGGAACUCACAGAGAUCCUCUUGCCUCUGCCUCAGAAAUGCUGGCAUGCAUGCAUGCCUGGCUACAGGUUGAAUUUUUUAUUUUCUUUUAUGUGCAUUGGUGUUUUGCCUGCAUGUAUGUCUGUGUGAGGGUGUCGGGUCUCCUGGAAGUGGCUUUACAGACAGUUGUGAACCACCAUGUAGGUGGUAGGAAUUGAACCUGGGUCCUGUGGAAGAGCAGUUAGUGCACUUAACCACUGAGCCAUCUCUCCAGCCCUUAGAGGUUGAAAUUUUAAAUACUGUUCUUAGACUGGUCAUGGUGGCACCCUUUAUCUCAGCACUCCAGAGGCAGAGGCUGUGAGUCUAAGGCCCAGCCAGGGCUACAUAGGGAGACCCUGUCCCAAACAAAACAAAAGUGUUCUUCUGAACAGGAGAAAGUAUUGUAUAGGAGUUCUAAAAUGCUAACCUAAAGUAAUUUUGAGAAAAUUGAAGCUUCUUCCGGUUAUGUGAUAGAACUGAGUUACACAAUUGUCUUAAUACUCUGGCUUGGAACACUGGGGUCUACGCUGGGGAUGCACCCCACAGUGAGAUGUUUGCCUAAGUGUGCGUGAGGCUGUAAGUUCCAUCGCCACUGCCUCAAAGGAAAGGAACAGUUGGCUUGAGGUAGAUGAGAGGCAAAUAUUUUGACACAGUCUUCACCUGUUUGUUAUCCCAGCGUCUCCUGACUCACGGGUGUGCAGAGCCCCACCCGCAUGUGACUGCCUGUUGAAGCUACUCCAACUGCCCACAUGUCUUCCUGAAUUACGUUUUAUCAUUUUCCUGUACAACUAUAAAGGAUUAUUUUAAAAUAAGACUCUUAAAAUAAUGAUCACUUAUUGAUGCAUUAGUCUUUGGUUGUUAUUAAACUUUUUCUUUUUAUACUAUUUACUAAAGAUCAAACCUAGUACCUUGUACAUGCUAGGCAAGUGCUGCUCUACUAAGCUGUACUUUCCAGCGCUCUUUCACCUUUUCUCUUACAUUUGUGUGUGGGUGAGUGCUGCAGCAUGCGUAGAUACCUCAGAAGAUAACUUGUAGGAGUCGUUUCUCUCCAUGUGGGCGCCAGGAGUUAAGUUCAGUUUAAGCUUGGUAACAAGCACCCUUACCUGCUGAGCUACCUCAGAGGCCUUCUUUUUACUUUUUUUUAAAUUUAAUUUAAUUUUAUUAAUUAUACUUUAUUCACUAUGUAUCCCCCCAUAAGCCCCUUCCUCCUCCCCUUCCAGUCCCACCCUCUCUCCCUUUUCUUCACGCAUGCCCCUCCCCAAGUCCACUGAUAAGGGAGGUCUUCCUCUCCUUCCUUCUGAUCUUAGUCUAUCAGAUCACAUCAGGAGUGGCUGCAUUGUCAUCUUCUGUGUCCUGGUAAGUCUGCUCCCCCCUCAGCCAUACCACUCCUAGGCAUAUAUCCAAAAGAGGCUCAAGUACACAAUAAGGACAUUUGCUCAACCAUGUUUGUAGCAGCUUUAUUUGUAAUAGCCAGAAGCUGAAAACAGCCCAGAUGCCCCUCAAUUGGAUGCAGAAAUUGUGGUACAUCUACACAAUGGAGUAUUACUCUACAAUGAAAAAUAAGGAAAUCAUGAAAUUUGCAGGUAAAUGGUGGGACCUGGAAAGGAUCAUCCUGAGUGAGCUGUCCCAGAAGCAGAAAGACACACACAGUAUAUACUCACUCAUAUAGACAUAUAACAUAAGAUAAAUCUACUAAAAUCUGUACAUCUAAAGAAACUAAUUAAGAGAGAAGACGCUGACUAAAAUGCUCAAUCCUCAUCCCAAAAGGCAAAGAGGAUGGACAUCAGAAGAAGAAGAAAACGGGAAACAACCUAGGAACCUGUCACAGAGGGCCUUUGAAACGCUCUGCCCUGCAGACUAUCAAAGCAGACGCAGAGACUUAUGGCCAACUGUUGGGCAGAGUGCAUGGAAUCUUAUGUAAGAAGUGGGAAAUAGUAAGAUCUGGAGAGGACAGGAACCCCACAAGGAGAGCAACAGAACCAGAAAAUUUGAACACAGGGGUCUUCCCAGAGACUCAUGCUCCAACCAGGUACCAGGCGUGGAGAUAACCUAGAACCCCUGCACAGAUGUAGCCCAUGGCAGUUUAGUGUCCGAGUGGACUCCAUAGUAAUGGGAAGAGGGACUGCCUCUGACAUAAUCUGAUUGGCCUGCUCUUUUUACUUUUUAAUCAUGAGACAGAAUCUCACUAAAUUUCUUAAGCUGGCCUGGAAGUUUUCUUUUAUUUUUGGGGAGCUGGAUCUUAAUUAUUUUUCUGUUUUUAAGUGUGUGUGUGUACACUAUACUAGUGUGAGUAUAGUGUAUUUUCCUGUAUGUAGAUACAUAUGUGCAUGUACAUGUGUGUGCAUGAAUAUGGAGUCUAGAGAUUGAUGUCAGGGAUCUUCCUCAGUUCCUCUUCCACCUUAUUCUUUGAGACAGGGUCUCUUAUCAAACUCAGAACUUGCUGGUCAGCUUACUCCAUGGUUCCCACCUUUGAAGCUGCAAUUACAGGCAUUCUGCCUUGACGUGUUUACAUAGUGGGUUCUGGGUAUCUGGACUCCAGUCUGCUUCCUUAUGCGCUAAACACUUAGCAAUCUCUCUGGUCCCAAGCCUUGAACUCUUUUUUUUUUUUCCAUUUAUUUUGUGUUCUGUUUGCUUAUUUAUUUACUUAUUUCUUUACCAUGUGUGGGGGUGGUAGGGAUGUGUAAGGCAGAGAACAGCCUGCGGGAGUCAGUUUUUUUCCACUGUAUCAGUACAGAGCCAUCUGAUUGGCCAUUAUAAGUUGAACUUUUAAUCUGCCUGCUCAGUUUCCUCUAGGAUGACAGGUAUGUGCCACUAGGCCUAAUGUAAAGGCCGUCUUUACAUUAUGUUUGCAUCCUUUAAUUCCUGCCGCUUGAAGAGUGUAUGUUAUGAUUCAUUUUUUUUUCUUUACUUAGACAUGAAGAGAUCAAUUUCUUUUUUCUUUUUUUUUUCUUUGAGAUAGGGUUUCAUGAUGUAAUUCUGGGUGACUUAGAACUCCCAUUGUAGGCCAGGUGGACCUUGAACCAGAAAUCCACUGCCUCUGCAUGAGGAGUGCUGAUCUCCUUAUGGAGAUCAGCUAGAUCAAUUUCAGGAAUGAGUAUUUAGCUGGGUAUGGUAACACACACCUUUAAACCUAGCCCUUGAGUUAGAGACAGAAGGAUCUCUGAGUUCUAGAUCAGUUUGGUCUACAUGAGAAGUUCUAGGCCAGCUAGAAGGCUACAUAGUGAGAUCCUGCCUCAAAAAAAUCCCCCAAGAAGUCAAAAUGAAAAAUGAGUUUUUAAGAGCUGUUUCUAGACCAUAGGCUUUGUAGAAGCUAAGUUCAUGUCAGAAUAUUUCUU